GGGUGACAGAGCGGAGGGGUCUGAUGGAGCAGCUCCAGGAGGCGCAGGAGAACAGCCACUUCCUGGGAUGCAAGGUAGAGGAGAUGAAGGUAGAGGUGCAGCAGCUGAAGCUGUCUGAAAGCUCCAUGAUGAAGGAGGUGGAAGAGCUGAGAGAGGAGAACCACAGACUCCUGCAGAUCCUUAGGGAUCCAGCUUACCAAAGUCAGACAUCCACGGUGCCUGAAUCCACUUGCCCAAAUCCUGGGUCCAGCACUCUCUCAUAUACCACUGCCAUGGGACAGCCCUCAAUGGGGAGCUUUGAAGAGGUUCAUCUAAUGUCAGAUGAGGGCACGGGCCAGCCAAAAUUGCCGGCAGUUCCACCUGUUCACCACCAGGUGGCAGCAGAGAACAUGGAGAGCAACACAGAAAAUCACUCCUCUUCUGCAAAAUCUGAAACUUCAUUUAAAAUCCAGCCACUAUCCCUGACUACAGAGACCCUAGAUGAGUUUAAACUGGGGACCUGGCGCUCUGGAGGAAUAUUAAACGUGGAGGAAUGCCCCAGUGAGGAAUCUGACGCCCUGAGGGAAGCCUACAGGAGCUUGGGGUUGGGGCAGGAUCUAGAAACACUUCGAGAAGAACGUGACCGCCUGGAGGUCGCUCUGGAGCACACACAGAGGCAGCUGCAGGUGAUGACUCAAGAGAAUACUCGACUGAAAUUGCAACUCAGGCAAGAGGAACAAGAAGCAGAGGUGGAGCAGAGGUCUUCAAGAGAAACAAUUAUCACACUACCCACCGAUGAUGGAGGUGAAGAGAACACCAUUCUUGCCCUUAACCAGGAUGACCUCGUACAGGCCCUCAAUCUGGAGAACCGGGCCUUGGCGGAUCGGAUACAGGAGCUUUUGGCUCACAUUGAGCUCAGAGAAGAGGAGAUAAAGAGCGAGCGAACACAGCUGAGGGAGCAAGUGUCCAAGCUAGAGGCGGACAGAGUCGGGCUGGAGCAGGAGCAAUGGGAACAAGAGUGUCUGAUUACAGAGCUCACCAAGAAGACGGAGGAUGAUCUCAAUACCAUCAUGGAGCUGCAGCAACGGAUAUCAGAGAGUGAACAACAUAAAAAGGAAUCACAGAUCGACGAGGAACUGUGUGGAUCUCAAGUGCAAAGUGAAUAUACAGCUGCAAUAUCAAAAAGUUUUCAACAGAACAACCUAGAAGAGUGUGUGAACAGUUUGGUGGAAAGUGUGCUAAACGGGGAAGAAUUGCACUUGAUGUCUGAUCAACAACCAGAUGAUUUGAGUACAGCAUCAGCACCUUGUUCUCAACAUAAUGAUCACUAUGAUGUGUUGCAGAACAGCCUGCAAAGCAGUCAGAGUGUCAAUUCAUUGACUGAUCAAGUUGGCCAGCUGGCUAAUUCGGUUCAGAGUCUCAAAACAGAAGAAGAGGAACUGUCAGGCUGCAUAAAGUCUCUCAGAGAGCAGCAGAAAGAAGUAGCUCUGUCAGUCACAACACAGACAGAAGUGAAACAGCAGUUAACUCGGACAGUUUGGGCACUGAAGGAGGAGAAAGACAACAUCUCUCAGUCUCUGGCUGGUCUCAAACAAGAGCGAGAGCAGCUUACAAGGACAGUCUGUGGGCUGAAGGAUGAGAGAGACCAGUUUAUAAGGUCUAUGAGUGGCCUGAAAGAGGAGAAAGAGUCUUUAUCUGGUCUCCAAAAAGAAAAGGAUAAAUUGUUAGAGUCUAUCUCGAGUGGAAAUGAGGAGAGACAUCAAAUCAUGAAGUCACUUGAAAGUUUAAAGACAGAAAGCGAGCAGUUAAGUCAGGCGGUGCUCGGUCUGAAACAAGAGAGAGACGAGCUGACCGAUUCCCUUGAGUGUCUGAAGGAACAGAUAGAUAAGCAACAAUCAUUUCACAAUUCGCAGGAAGACCGCGACAAGUUAGUGAAAUCAGUCAGCAGUUUGAGAGAAGAUAAAGAAAGACUUGAACAUUCAAUCACUUGUUUGAAACAGGAAGAAAAGCAGAUAAAUCUAUUACUUCAGGGACUAAGAGAGGAAAGAAGCGGCCUCCAAGCAGCUCUGCCCAGUCAAACACAAACGGAGGGGAUGAAUCAGAAGCGGCUGAAUCCAAACAGCACCGUUACAACAAAGGAGACUGAAACUCUCGUUGGAACAGGAGCUACACAAAGAUGUCCGACUGGUGAUCACAGGGUGAACUCUGUUCAGGAGCGAACUGAUCUGAUUAGGUCUAGGACUGAAGCUUUGGGAGCAGAACUAAAGACAUCACGAGACGAACUGGACAAGAGCCAUGUAGACACCAAGAGGCUGCAGAGUGAACUGUGCCAAUCAGAAGCCAGGAGGGAGGAGGCAGAGAUAAAGGUGGUGAGGCUGACAGAAGUAGCCAAUCAGAUCGAAGAAACCAUAAAGGAAAAUGACAGCCUUAUAAACCAGGUGGAGCAGCUGCAGAAUAAACUAAGAGGCCUGAUCAAGGAGAAGACUAAUGCUCUGUCACUGAAGGCACAAAUAGAGGAGCAAAACAACAUCCUCACAGCUCAGCUCAAAGCUAAGACAGUGGCUCUUGAGGAGCUAAACUCAGAGUAUAUCGCCCUAAAACGAGGGCAGGGCAACAAGGACGAUGAGAGCGCUGUUCUCAUCUCACUCAGGACACGUUUCAAUGACAUCAGAGCUAAGUAUGAUGCACUCCUGAAAAAGAGGAGCCACAAUGAUCUGGAAAUAGCUCCUUUAAAGGCCAAGCUGUCAUGCCUGGUGGUGAAGUGUCAGGAGAGGAACAGCCUGUUGGUUCAGAUGAUGAAGGCCAUGCACAGACAAGGCUGUGUGGACUCCACACUCACGCAGCAGUUUGAGGAGCUGCUCAGUGAUGCUACUCUGCAGGAUUACACUGCAGCAUUCACACCCGGGAGCAGCGGAAAGACCUGGGAUUACAGCACCGGGUUUACACCAGGAUUUAUUUCCAAAAUUCAAGAUUACACCGGUGGAUUCACACCGGAUCAGACCUGCUCUAUGAUAUCACCACUAAAUAAGCAAUUCCAAAAUGGACUUUCGCCUGAAUCUGGGGUAAAAUGUAGACAACUAAAACAAACAUCUUUACUCACCACUGAAUCCACAACAAAUCAUAAAGACUGCAGUCAUAAAGUCAAACCUGCACCAACAGAGACACUAAAGAAAAAUGCCAACUCACCUGUGCCAACAUCACCAGUACAGGAGCACACCUGGGUCCAAGCCACACCGUCACCUGUUGUUUCAGCACUGAAAGAGAGCGUCAUCACCAAUACAGCACAGCUCUCUCCCUCUGCCAGUGGACCAGAGAACUUUGGAUUUCAUCACCCAGAUCAUAAAGGGAAGUCCUCCCCAGAUCUUGCGAGUUUGACUGGAUCCUCGCCGCGCCCGACUCCUCCCUCCUCCAGCACACGAGUCAGCCUGAGCAGGAGGCUGAGCAGUCCUGAGAAGAUCAUCAACCUGCACGAGCAACUGCAGAAGACGCUUAUGAGCAGCUAUCAGGCUCCAGUGCACAGAGGACAAGGAGAGCAGCCCAGGAGUUGUCUCUCAUUUUCAGCUCCUGCAGACCUGAGAGCAGCCUCUCAGACAAAGCAGCAGAGCCUCAGUUCAAACACGCCACAAACUAACUCUCUCCCAGUCACCGCUGCUGUGAGCCAAGCUAAGCACUCUCCAGCACCCACAAAUAAGUCAACAACACUUUUUAAUGCAGUCGCCUCCAGAUCUGCUAAUGUUACAUUCAGUCCUAACGUGUUUACUAACCAUCAUUUAAAAGCAGACACAUUUAAAACUACAGCGUCUGCUCUUUCUAGCUCUUCUAACUCCUUUUUUGCCACUACUGCACCUUGCAAAGCCAAAUCCACCUCAAGCAGUGUCAGUAAUGUAACAGCAUCCCCAAAACUUACACAAAAAAUCACUGAUAAAUCUGAUGCUAAGCAUACUGCUGCCCCUCCUUUAACUCCAAGGACCACUACCGUUUACUCUGAUAUCUUAAUACAUUCGGACACUACUCCAAAAAACACUGCCUCAGACAUAACUGCCCCAAGCAUAACAACUGCCCCUGAGGCUGAUCAUUUCAACAUGCCUUCUGAACCGAAUGCUGCUGCUCCUUCACAUCAUGGAUUUGUAUCUGCUGCAAUCUGCGCUCGACCUGCUCACUGCUCUCCUGAGAGAUCCAACAAGUCUGCCAGAAAGUCCACCUCUCUUCUAGAAAAGACCAAGACAGCAAGACCCAAACCAGGAACUCCAGCCGAGAUUCGCUCUGUUGAGGUCGUCAGGACAGUGGGCCAGAGCAGCCUCCUGAUUGGAUGGGAGAGGCCGCCACUCGACGAGCUCGGCUGCAGUAACGACACAUUUGUGUAUGGAUACAGGGUGUUUGUCGACGGGGACUUCCACAAAUCUGUCAUGAGCUCUGCGUGCACCAAGUGUAUUCUGGAGAAUGUCGAUCUGAGUGUCCCAGUCCACAUCAGUGUCCAAACAUUGGGAUCUAAUGGUCUCAGUUCAGACUUUGUGCACACCACGUACAGGACUUCAGUCAGAACAGACCAACACUGACUCACAGGGUCCUUAAUGGUGGCAAAAGUCAACAAUAUCUCUCUAGGGUUGCUGCAACUUCCCAGUGGAAAACUUCACUGCCAGUGGCCAAAGUUUGAAUGUGCACAGCCAUCUAUAGCUGCAGCCCUCUGAGGGGCCGUCCUAACCUCCACCUCAGCAGACAGCGAGGGAGACGCCGUCACGCUGCAGGGAUACCAUCAGGCUCAGGUCAACCAAUCGGAACAAUCUCACAUUGUCUCACUUUACCAGCCUAUGAACACGUAGUGACCUGAGGCAGGCAGCUAAACCUCAAAUCUGAAGAUGUCAUGUAUAAUAAGACUCCCGCCUCUGCACUGAGGGUUAAUCUGCAUGUAAAAGCAGGUAAGAAUCGCUUGAUCCUUGUUGGAAGAACUUUCAGUGUUUCACCUCUUGAAUGGAUAGGACGUUGUGACUGCCAGGUGAAAGGCCGCCAAUCAAACAAAUCCUGAUUCAAAAGAAGUGAUACUUCACUACAAACUAUAUGAAGCCAAUAUCAAUCACAUUGUCAAAAGCUGCCUAAACCACCCACUUUUACUAACAGACUGAAGUGACGUCUGCAUCUGCUGCACAUUUUAACACUGUGUUGAACACGGAGAGAUCAUGUGUCAUAUUGCUUCAACCCCGCUGCUGCCUCUCUGUGACACGAACAGCUGGCUAAAGGGACACUUACUGUAUCAAAAGCCUUUUUUUAAAGCAACGCAAAGUGUAUAAUGUGUCUACGCAACAGUGUACCCGCAGGUCAUCUUACUUGAUUUUUACACAUGAAGCCAAAUAUAAGAAAAAAAUGAUUUACUCCAAAGACUCAUCUGUUUCCUUCUCCUCACAGAUUUACAGGAUUAUUCAAACACAAAAGUUAUUUAAGUUCUGAACUUUGCACACGGUCGUUAUUGAUAUCCAGAAGAUUAAAAAAAAGAGAUUAUCACUGAUAUUUUUUUGUAGAGAAUAUUCUAGAAAUAUGCCAAUGUACA